AUGCGAUUUUUCGAUGAUCCGCGAAGGGCGGCAAUCCGCGAGCGGAAAAAUAUAAGUUUUUUGACGGAUUUUUUAGUGCGCAGCGAGAGUUCGGAUUAUCAUUAUCUUCGGAUUGUUUUCAAUGCCUUGAUUGGUUUUGCAGUUGCCACGAUUUUGUAUUAUGUGGCGUGGAAUUCGUUGAAUUUUGGAAGUUUCAAUGAAACAUACUCGAGGGUUAUUCAGGCAAUUAUUAUUGGAUCGUCCACAUACGCUUUUGCAACAAGUUCGGUGAGAAAAUCGGUUUUAAAAAAUAUUCCAAAAAAAAUGCAGUUUUGAAUGCGCGGGCUGACCGUAAAUGCGGAGCAUUGUAAAAAGUUUAUUUUUUUUCGCCGAGAAAAUUAAUUUUCUGUUUGUUUCCCCUUAAAAUCUUCGAAGUUUUCCAGAUAUUUCGAUGUGCUUUAUUCUGCGUGCUAAUCGGUGCCUUCGGAAAACAGGGACAAUGUAAGAACCCCCUCCUUCUUCCAUAGUUCUUCCAAAAAUGUCGAUUUUCAGACCCAUUCACAAUGCUUGUCGCCAGCAACCUACACGAUGGGCCAAUCACGAAUAUGAUGAAUAAUUAUCAAACUACGGCUGAUAUCGUGAUUUGCCAUAUCGAUUUGCAGGGAAAAAUUGUUGCAAAUCGGGUGGCUCUGAUGACAGGUCCGCUUCAGAAAAUAAUAGAGCAAUUGACCACGAAAGGAACACGAGCUAUGAGAAAUUUGGCGAGAGGAACUCGAACACUUUUGGGUCCUUUUAUGGAUCUUAUUCAUGAAGAUGAUGAAGGAGCGACUGAAGAUGAGAAAAUUGAAGAAUUGACAAAAGAACAGGUGGUGAAGAUCGAGAAACGACGUGAGCAAAUCGUGAAAAUGUAUGAAAAAUCAUUGGGAAGAGAAUUGAAUGAGAAUAAUCAAUUAUUCAAGGACAAUUCACCACCGGAACAUUUAUAUUAUAAUGAGACUUUUGAUGAUCAACCAGCUUGGAUGAGAUUUAAAAUGGGGAAUCGUGCAAAAAUUUGCGAAGAAAUUGCAACAGAAAUGCGAGGAGAUGUUUAA